AUGCUCGGUGCAGCAACUGAGCAGCUGGUCUGUGUGACCGGAGCUGGAGGCUUCAUCGGGUCAUGGCUAGUCAAGGAGCUUCUCCACCGUGGCUAUGCUGUAAGAGGCACCGCAAGAGACCCUGACGACUGCAAGAACGCCCAUCUGCAUGCACUCGAUGGAGCUGAAGAACGGUUAUCUCUGUACCGUGCUGAUGUGUUGGACUACAAGUCACUUCGUCCUGCAUUCAGCUUAUGUGAUGGUGUUUUCCAUGUUGCCUCCCCAGUAUCGAAUGAUCCUGAACUUGUGCAGGUUGCUAUUGAGGGAACAAAGAAUGUCAUCAACGCUGCAGCAGACAUGGGAGUGCAGCGUGUGGUGUUUACCUCAUCUUAUGGAGCUGUGCAUAUGAACCCUAAGAGGAACCCUAAUCAGAUUCUGGAUGAGAGUUGUUGGAGUGACCUUGAGUACUGCAAGGAAACACAGAACUGGUACUGCUAUGCAAAGGCAGUUGCUGAGAAGACUGCAGUGGAAGAGGCAUCAAAGAGAGGGGUACAACUAAUAAUAGUCGUCCCUGCAGUCACGAUAGGCAGAAUGCUACAGUCAACGUUGAACGCAAGUUUAUACGGAGUCGCCACCUACAUGAAUGGCACAAAGAAGGCGUAUCCAAAUGCAGUUGCCGCAUAUGUCGAUGUGCAGGAUGUUGCUCUUGCCCAUGUUUUGGUGUACCAAGAUCAGAAUGCACAUGGACGCUACCUCUGCAUAGGUGACGUGCUACAUCGGUCGAAGUUUGUUCAAAUGUUGAGAGGGCUCUUCCCACAAUAUCCUGUCACCGCUAAAUGUGAGAACGACAGUACGCCGAUGGUGAAGCCUUACAAGUUCUCUGUGCGACGGCUCAGGGCUCUGGGUAUGAAGUUCACUCCUUUCAAGGAAAGUGCAUACAACACAGUGAUCAGCCUACAGGAAAAUGGUCAUAUCCCCAUACUGCCACAUAAGUCAGCCCUGUGAGAAAUGAGGAUAUAUAUUUAAAUAAAGGAUUUGAACAUGGGUGUUGAGUCAAUACUUUAGUUGGUAUACAUGGACUAUGUAUGAAGGAUUGUUCAAGCUUUAAAGGGAAUAACCACUCAAAUUAUUCUUAAAUAAUAUAUAGGAAAUUCGGAGCUGGUCUUCGUUUAUAAAGCAAAGGCACAAGUGUGGGGAUAGAUCCUCUAGUAACCGUAAGGAAGGAAGAAGAUAUGAUUAUAUUAGAAUUCCUAAGUACAUUUGUAAUCCUACUAGAACUCCUACCUUUACAUUGUAAUUCUAUCAAGACUUAUAUUGUAACCCCUUAAGAUAUAUAAAGGAGGGCAGGGGUUCACAACUCAUACCUCAUACAUCCAAGCACAUGGCGCAAUAAAUAUACUCCAUUUCAAAUA